AUGGUCGCUCACAACGGGAACGAAUUCGACUUCAAGCUGCUCCGGACGGAAUUCGACCGUCUCGGACGUUCUCUACCUUCCUACCUGCUGUGUUGCGAUUCCCUGUUGGCUUUUCGUGAACUGGAAUGUGCAGAUUGGCAAGCGUGGAAAAGGCCGAGGAGGUCGUACGCCCUGCAGAAGAUGUUCGUCCGGACUUUCGGAGUGAAACCCAGAAACGUUCACGGUGCUGAAUCUGACGUGAUCACUUUACUCAAACUUGUGCUCAACCGAGGAAACGCAGUGUGCCGGUGGAUGGAUGAGCACGCGACAAGGUGGACGGACGUUCAGCAAUAUUACGUCCCGAAAAAGAUCGAGGAUAAGAUACAUGUAGAACAUCUUCGAACAGUCCGAUAG